CACACCUCCUCGAUACUAUCUCUACCACACUAUCAACAAGCAACCACAAAGAACUACCAACAUUCUUCCGAACCGACUCAUCAUCUACCUUUCCCAUCCAACUCAAAGCACACACUCCUGAACCUCUACAGCAAAACCUUCCCCGCCCAUUCCUCCAAAAUGGCAAGCUCCUCCGACGCAAUGGACAUCGACGCCGGCAACGCCGACGCCCACACCACAGCCACCGACAACGUCGAAGGCGGCUCGCCCUACUUCUCCGACGACGGGCAGGGGAACUGGGAGUACAUCGGCCCGGAGCCAGCCAUGACCAAAGACGACUGCAUAUACUGGGAAUGCUGCAAGUGCAACGACCGGCUGCUGAUCCCCAAGGCCUUCACCCCUGCCUUCGACCGCUGCCCCAAGGGCGCACGGUGCAAGGGCGCGGUAGAAAACAAGCGCGAAGUCUUCCUUGUUCUGGACAAGAAUGGGAACAGCGAAAAGGUGAAGGUUGCGGGACAUCAGAAGUGCAAAGGAUCUAGUAGUGGCGGGUGCGCGGACCAGACACACAACGGCCCUUAUAGACGCGAAGAUUUCGCGUUGACGCGGGAGCAGUAUGAGGCGAUGGACGAGAAGUUUAAGAAGAAGUAUAAUUUGAUGGAGAACAGGCCUGUGCCGAAGCAUCGGAGGCAGCGGAGGAAGCACGGAAUUUCUCGAUCUUAGUCUUUCUUUUGUGGGAUGUUCCUUUCUUGGGUGUUCUUAUUUCGUGGUUUUUCUGGAUUCUUGGAUAGACCGCGUGGCUGGGAGGUGUUCCGCACCUUAGAUCUCUUUUGUUAGUUAUAGUGCCUGGUUUUCUUUUCCCUUGCA